UAAUUCAGUAUUUAUUUUACUUUUACUGUUAAACGUAUUAACUUUGUGUACAUGCAUAUCAUUGAAAUCACUGUACCUGGAUCAAUCCAAUAGAAAUCAUGAUUUGGUUCUUAACUGUAACUUCCAAAUGGAUUCCGACCAACAGUUUCAAGGAAUGGAAAUGAGAUUCAAAAAUAAAUUUUAUUAUUACGUUGACUCCGGAUCGCUAAAGGAACACUUUGAAAGUAGUGUCAUCGAUAGUAGCAGGGUCAUCGAGCACAGACCUCUAUAUAACACGACCACCAAAUACGGUAACGUAAGGAAUGUCAUAUCAAGCGCCUCCGUGUCCGAUGACUUCGAUUGUCUCAUAUACUUCUCUGCCGGUGGUGUCCCUGGAUUUAAUCAGUCAUCCAUGGGUUUUGUGCCUGAUGAUAGAUCAAUCCAAACAACACUUUACGUGUACAACCAAGUGAGUGGUACUUACAAAGUAGGUGACGACGUGUCCAUUCAUUGCGAUUAUCGCCUCAAAGCUAAAGACUUUCUCAUUGAUCGACGAGUUUAUAAAGACAACAAACUUUUCUAUAGAUAUGUCAACAAAGAUCAGAAAUAUUUCUUUGCUCAAAGUGGUGUCGACAACGUUAGGUUGGAUUCCGAUGCCGACAAUACGCUAAGAAUUACUAUUAACCCAAAUUCUGAGACAGGGGGCCGAUACAAGUGUCAAGUCAAUUAUGUGACCCCCGAUGGCCUAAACAUGAACUCCACACAUGAAAAUACACUCCAAUUGGCGGGUUUUAAAACUGUAUUACCAGUAAAACUUAAUUGAAGCCAUCAUUAAAACAAAUCAUCUUUUAAUAGUUUCUAUUUAUAUUAUAGUCAGUGUAGAUAAGAUAUUACUGCAAAUAUAAAAAAAUAAAAAUUAAUUACCAUUACUGUAAUUGGAG